ACAUACUAGAUAUUUUCUCUCAGUAGUGUAAAGGCAACAAGUUAUUUUAAAAUUUCUUAUUUCUUAUUUAUGGCCUCUUUCCUUUCAAAAAUCCAUUUAUGCUUGCAUUGGAUAAUCAUUCAGUAAUAACACAUAGAGUUAUAUAUUAUUCAUGAAAUGCGACGAAAUCGGUUUCUUUUCAGUUUGGUUUGCAUUGCUUGUGUCAUGGCGAUAGCUAUGGAAAGUAAUUUUGUGUUUUAUUUUUCAACCAUACGCUUCAAACAUUUAAAAAACGACUAUCGAAAUAUAGAUUCCAUAAGAAACAGUUUAGUUGAUACGGUUAACAAAAAUAUUUUAUUUAGAAAGGUGCAUAGGCACCCAUUAAAUAUUUUGUUCUUUAAUGCACCUUCUUGGAUAAAUCUAACAGCGGAUAGUGAGUACGUCAAAACCAACUGUGAUUUUAAUAAUUGUGUUUUCACUCGAAACCAUGCAAACGUUUCAAUGAUGUCAGCAGUGGUAUUCAGUACACAGAACGGCGUCAGUAAAAAAGAUACGGAAAGGUUUCAUGCACAACGGUCAAAGCAUCAAGUCUGGGUCUUUUUUAGACUUGAAGCUCCUACAUUUGGAAAUAUAUCAUGGUAUAAAGAUCCUGUCUGGAGAAGGACAAUGAACUGGUCAUGGGGAUAUCGACUAGAUUCGGAUAUCUUUCGGCCUAUGCAAGUACUGACCACUAGAAAUGUGCUGGUACAUAAGGACUAUCGUUCAAUUUAUUUAAGGAAGAGAAAAAUGGCCGCUUGGGUAGUAAGUCAUUGCAAUGCGCCUAGUCGUAGGGAUGAAUAUAUUUCUAAACUUACUCAAAAUGGAAUUAGUGUAGACAUAUUUGGAUUGUGCGCCGAAAACGAAAAAAAAGUAGAUGGCUCUUUUAUUUUAAAGAAAAUAAACGACGAAUACAUGUUCUAUUUAUCGUUUGAAAACAAUAUUUGUACAGACUAUAUAUCAGAGAAAUUCUAUAGAUAUUUCAGUUUAGAUACUGUGUUAGUUGUACGGGGAGGCUUUAGUUAUUCAAAACAUUUUGAUAGCAAGGCGUUUAUAGAUACAUCAGACUUUCCAACUGUAAAAUCUUUAGCGACAUAUUUGCUAAAUGUUAGCCGAGAUAUUAAACUUUAUACACAGUACUUAAUACACAAAGAUAUAUAUGACGUCGCAAAGUCAAAAACGGAAAGCAUGAGACAGUCAGAAUGUCAGUUAUGCGAAAAACUGAAUAACAAAAGUAGUUAUAAAAAGGUCUAUUACAGUGUUGAAUCAUAUUUACACAACGGAACGUGCCAUAAUCCUAAUUCUAUACUAAAGUGGUGCUGUCACUGACAAGCCAGAUUAUACAAAAGAUGAACCAGAUAGGAUUUGUCCAGUGCAAGAUGAUGAUGUCGGUGACCCUGACUUCAUUGAUGACGAUAGCAGUGAAACUUCUUCCUCUGAAGCUAAUAUAUUUAGAACAAGCGAGAGUCCGAUACAGCUUGAUAGACAGGAAAAACACUUUAAAAACAUGACACAAGAAUGUAGCAUUCCUUGCAUUUGCUUAAACUUUUGCCAUAUUUUGGAGUUAAUUAAUUUGAAUACAUUGUAAGAUUGCAAUGGUCUCCUAGCAAUUGAAGCCAUCCCACCCUUGCAGACACAUGUUUUCCAAAGGCAUAAUGUCAUGAAAGAAUGAAAUGUAUAAAAGUAAAAGAGUUCAUAUAUCUAUAGCAUAUGUUAUUAUAAUGCAAGGCAAUAAAGUAAACAACAAAUGUUGUGAUUUUUUUUCUGGUGAGGAAGAUUCCUGGUAUUCUCAGAAGUUUAUAUUAUUGUGUUUGUGUUAGAGUAACUGAUUGAUAUAGUAGGAACUACUUUAUAAAUCAUUGAUAAAAGUAAUGCUUUUAAGUUGGAUCUAUUUUUCAAAGAAAUAAAGGCCAUGGUUUUAUAAACCGCCGGCAUCUGUUGAUUGACUUGUCCGUUGUCUGUCCAUAACACAAUUACAGUCUACCUUGUGAACAUUCAACACCCUAAAGGUCACAUUUUUGUCAGAUCUUCAUCAAACUUUGUCAAAAUAUUCAUCUGAAUGAUAUCUAGGUCAACGUUGAAACUGGGUCACUUGGGGUCUAAAACUAGGUCACUUGAUAAAAUUAUAGAAAAAAAUUGUUACCUCUCUAGAAGUCAUGUUUUAGUGUGAUCUUCAUCAAUCUUGGUUAGAAUGGUUUUAUCAAUGAAAUCUAGGUCAAGUUUGAAACUGGAUUACUUGAGAUCUAAAAGUAGGUCACCAGGUCGUCAUAAAAAAAUUUGUGAACACACUAGAAGUCAUAUUUUUAAUCUGAUCUUCAUCAAAAUUGGUCAGACUUUUCAUCUUGAUGAUAUCUAGGUCAAGUUCGAAACUUGGUCACCUGGGGCCGAAAACUAGGUCAAAUCAUAGAAAAACCUUGUGAACACUCUCUCAUGUUUUUAGUUCGAUCUUUAUCAAACUUGAUCAGAAUAUUUAUCUUGAUGACAUCUAGGUCAAGUUUAAAAAUGGGUCACGUAGGGUCAAAACAGGUCACUAGGCCAAAUCAUAGGAAAACCUCGUGAACACCGUAGAAGUUAGACAUGGUGAGAUUGUUUAUCUCGAUGAUUUCUAUGCUUAGUUCGACACUGGGUCAUGUAAGGUCAAAGACUAGGUCACAAAGUCAAAUCAUCAAGAAAGCUUUUGAUUUUUGUUGGUUGUGUUUAACGUAGCACCGACACAUUUUAGGUCAUAUGGCGACUUUUCAGCUUUGAUGGUGGAGGAAGACCCCAGGUGCCCCUCCGUGCAUUAUUUCAUCACGAGCGGGCACCUGGGUAGAACCAUCGACCUUCCAUAAGCCAGCUGGAUAGCUUCCUCACAUGAAGAAUUCAACGCCCCGAGUGAAGCUCGAACCCACAUCGAUGAGGGGCAAGUGAUUUGAAGUCAGCGACCUUAACCACUGGGUCACGGAGGCCCCUAGAAAGCUUUUGAACGCUCUAAAAGCCAUAUGUUUGCCUGAUCUUCAUUCAAAUUGGUCAAAAUGUUUAUCUCGAUAUCAUCUAGGUCAAGUCUAGGUCACAUCCGGUCAAAAAGUAGGUCAAUAGGUCAAACGAUCAGAAAAGUUUGUGAACACUAUUGAAGCCAUAUGUUUAGUCUAAUCUUCAUCAAACUUUGUCAGAAUGUUUAUUUUUAUGUUAUCUAGGUCAGAUUUGAAAAUUGGUCAGACAAGGUCAAAAACUAGGCCCAUAGGUCAAAUGAACAAUAAAGCUUGUGAACACUGUAAAAGUCAUAUUUGUAGUUUGAUCUUCAUCAAACUUGACGAGACACUGUUUAUCUUAAUAAUAUCUAGGGCAAGUUCAAAAAUAUGUGACAUGAGAUCAAAAACUAGGUUUUAAUGUCAAAUUAUUUCUUGAUUAAAAAGCUUGUGCCAUUUGCGUUUCUAACGCAUCUUCUUGUUAUCUAACUUGCAUUAUUGCACGUAUAUAAAAUAUAUACCUCCAUAUGAUAACAUUCCUUUUGUCAAUCAAUUUGUAUAACUCAAUCGCACAUUCUGUUAAUAUUCCACAGAUGAUGUUGACACAGAAAAGACAUCUGAUACAGAGUUAAAAGAUGUGGUAUGUCCUA